UGGAUCUCCCUGAUCCAUUAUCUACCGGGUGCCAUCAGUUUAUUUGAGCAACUGGACAAAAAACUCGUUGUGGUUCUUCGUGAUGGAAGGAAGUUGAUCGGAUAUCUAAAGUCCAUAGAUCAAUUCGCUAAUCUGAUACUCGAAGAUGUGGUGGAACGCACUUUUGUUGACAAGUAUUACUGUGACAUUAAUCAAGGAUUUCUUUUGAUACGUGGGGAAAACGUCGAAAUCGCUGGAGAGAUCGACGAGUCCAGUCCCAUUCCAAUGAUUCACCAACAGGAAGAGUUGGUGCUAGAUACUGGCAUAUUCUUCUGUCUUUUUACUCGUAAGAUUUCUCAUUUGGUGGCCAUGGCUCCAACACAGAAGUUAUACAACGUCGUUUUCGUAUUGGGACCGCCAGGCUCAGGAAAAGGAACUCAGUGUAUAAAAAUCCAUGAAAACCUUGGCUUUAUGCACUUGUCAGCAGGAGAUCUACUGCGUGCUGAACGGCAACGACAAGGUUCUCAAUUUGGUCAACUAAUCGAGCACCACAUAACGAAUGGAACCAUUGUGCCUGUGGAAAUCACCUGCAAACUAUUAGAAAAUGCAAUGGAUGCUGCAGGUGAUGCUAGGGGGUUCCUCGUGGAUGGUUUCCCUCGUAAUCAGGACAACUUGGAAGGAUGGGAGCAACAAAUGAAAGGCAAGGUAUCUGUGGAAGAGAUCCAGAAGAUUGAAGAGAGUUUGGCUGCAUCAAAUUCGAAGCCCGGUGGCAUGAAUUCUCACAGCAGGCCUAAAGAUGAGGCUGAUGAUGGUUUU